AUAUGAGAUUAAACUGCAAAAGGAGCUGUAGACUUUGUGGUAAUUAUCACUCUCGAAAUAGCAAUGGUCCUAAACAUUCGACUAAUUGGCUUGCAGCAGUAGAGAUAUCCGCUUAUCUCGAUCGACGAUUGGCGAGCACUUUUGCGCAACCUCUUGGCUAUUCCGUUGCAGAUUUACUUGCCAGCCUUGUUUAAAUGUAUCCUAAUUGCCUUCAAGGGCAGCGAGAUCGCACAAGGCACCUUCUGAGGAGCACGAAGAAGGUUCUCUCUCUAGCAAGAGACAAGACACCAUGGGAAAGAAAAAAAUGUUCGGAAGAGGACAAUUCCUUUAGUGUGGAUUUCCACUGUCGCAUCAAAUUUAUGGGCAUAAUUAAAUAAAUAAAGGCGAUGUAUGAACGUAAACGUAAAAUUUGAACGAGGCUCAACUUAGACUUAACGUUUGCGUGCGAAUAUUCAUAAAUUGUCUCAGCCUUAUUUUAUUUGCGCACGUAAUUUUUACGCGCGUACGAACGUAAAAAUUACGCGGCGGUGGAAAUCCACUCUGAGUAUCCUUGUCUUUCUCGCCGUCCUUCGUGCGUCAAUUUACGUAAUGAGAAAAGAUCGCUUUCGGACGGUCUAGGAAGACAUGGUGUUCCAAAGUUUAAUUAUCAGUUUUCCCCUUCGCCUCCCUCUGUAUCAUCUAUGCAUGCCUUGUAAACUUGGAGUCCCUGCUGUCUUUCCAUUCUUCAUGCUUCUUUCAUUGUAGGCAUCAACACCUGUGCGGAUCGGGACUAUCGAUGUAUCAGCUGGGUUAGAAGUAAUCGAUGGUAUUGCAGGACAAAUCAACAUGUAAGAACCUACUGUAAGAAAAGCUGUGGAUUAUGCCCCAGGCCACCCACAGUCAGGCCAACGAAAAGGCCAAGACCUCCAACUGUACGACCCAGGCCACCGACCUUGAGACCUACUCCUCCAACGAAAAGGCCAAGACCUCCAACUGUACGACCCAGGCCACCGACAUUCAGACCUACUCCCCCAACGAAAAGGCCAACUCCCACAACGAAAAAACCAGUUCAACCAAGUAAGAGGAAUUCUUUAAAGUUUUUAGGCAUAUUUUGUAAGAAAAUACGUGCAUACUACCUGUAACUCUAACUCAAAUAUGAGUCUGAGUAUAAUGUUCAUUUAUUGAAUAUCUGAGAAUGUUGACAAGUAACUACCAAAUCAGUGCAUGCGUCACAUAUGAGCAUCUUAGAUUCCCGCUAGCAAUCAAAACAAUAAGGGACUGAUAUCGAGGAAAAGUGAAAGUUGUUGAGAUGAAUUUUAAUUUGAAAAGACCGCAUUUAUCAUUUACCUGGAAAACAGUCAAGUUUGUUUUUAUUGCAAGUAUAUAUUCUAUCCUUUAAAUACAACCACCUCUCAUAUCGCUUGCCGUCCCACCGCGAGGGGCGAUUCUCCUGUAAUAACGCUUUCCAUGAGAAUGUAAGUUCCGGGCCAGUUUCUCGAAGAAAUGGCUAACAUAUUUUCGUGUGGUGGAAAUGUGAUAGCAUAAAAGACCUUUUCUCGCCACACGAUUGCUUACAUUAUGAUACCCGUUUUAUGAUCUCAUACUGGCAGCGUUACUUUCACAGGUGGUAAUUGUGGAAUAAGGAAUUAUGGAGACGCAGGUCGAGUUAUCAAUGGUAAGACUGCUGUCAGGAACAGUUGGCCAUGGCAGGCUCGGAUGACACUUCGAGGGGCUCACAAGUGUGGGGGCUCCCUUGUGGCGCCUGGCUGGGUACUCACGGCUGCACACUGUGUUGGAGGGAGUUCUUAUAAUCCAGGCUAUCGCAUUACCCUAGGUACGUUAGUUCUUUAGGUGUUGAGAGAACUUUGGACCGUCGCCCUUGUCCCUUCUAGUCAUUUAAAACCGCGAAAUAAGAAAACGUUGCUGUCAAACAAUAAUUAAGAAUUCGGGAAUAUUUUGCUAAGUAAAACACCACGACACAUAUCUUUGGCCGCGUAUGAAAAAAGUAAAGCGCAUUUCGUUUCAGGAUGCAUUUUUUUUCUGCGAGCAAUGAAAUUCUCAAGUCGUUGACAACUAAUUAUUAUCUCCUUAUCUAUUUAUAUUUACUCAGUUAUUCAGGCAUGUUUGAGCCCCUUGUGUAGCUCAAAGUAAUAAUCAUUUUAUGUUUAGUUGUCAGUAGGAGUAUCUUACAGAACCUGCUUUAGUUUGUAUUUCAUGGACGACUCGAAUCAUUUCCUUUUGAAGGAAAAUACUUUAUACCACCUCUUGAAAAUUGAAAAAUAUGUUGUGAAUCGUGUUGGCGUUCUCUUGAAUGGCUCAUUUUUACCUUAAGGUGAGCACGAUGUUCGAAGGAACGAAGGCACCGAACAGUUUUUCUCAGUAAAAAGGGUGAUUGUGCAUCCAUAUUAUCAACGAGCUACGAUCAAUAAUGACAUCGGUAAGUGUCGAAGCCAUUUAUUUCAUAUGCUCUUUGAAUGAAUCUGUUUAUAAAGUACUCGGCUACAGAAAUGCUAGCCUAAGUUAGCUGCUUUUCAUCGUACUUGUAUGUGUAAUCAGAGGGUAGGAGAAAACGCAAGUGAAAUUAUUCCCUAAUUUAACGAGAAUACCAUUUGAGACGAUUUUCUGCCAAUAUUUUACCAAUGGUCCCUCCCCACCCUGCCCCUUAAGCUAUUUUCAUACAAUACCAGAUAGCAAAAUGCCAAUAUUUUACCAAUGGUCCCUCCCCACCCUGCCCCUUAAGCUAUUUUCAUACAAUACCAGAUAGCAGUUUCCGUGCUGACGCGAAAAGCUAGCUAUCAGGUAUAGAUCGGCGCGGCGCGGCGCUGCGCGGCUUCGCUCCGUUACAGAAAUCGCACCGAAAUCACCCGUUCUUGUCUCCGAACAGAAGCCCCGUAUCCGAUACCGUGUGAACGUAACUAAGCUAAUUAUUCCAGGCUUUUGCAAACAUGAUUGACAUUUUCUGCGAACAAACACAAAGUUAGUCGAAAGAUGUGGACAAAAUUGGGUUUAGAGCUUGGAGCGAAAGGUGUUGCAGUUGGUUUGGGAAAUUUUAGACAUGGAUAUUUGGUCCGCUUUCUCUCUCGAUCUCUAGUCUCAAGUCAUACCGUUUUUUUGCUUUCAUAGUUGCAAAGAAGGCUUCUUCUGAAAUUUCACUUAAACUCAACCUUUGCUCUUUUCUAAAGCUCUUUUGGAGUUGGAUCGUCCAGCAACUUUGAACAAGGCUGUGGCACUAGUUUGUCUCCCAAAGCAGGGUCGAAGUGUUCCAGCAGGAACAUAUUGCUCAAUAACUGGUAAGCAGCCCCCCUAGUCUUAUCAUAAUCUCAGUGGCGACUAUCUCCCUUAUGUAAGCUAUAUACUUGAGUUCGCUGCCAUAGGGCAAGGUUUUUAAGCCCAUUUGGUCCGGAAUUUGGUAUAGCUUUUAUCCAUUUGGGUCUGAAAUGGCUACGGUUUUGUACUUCCUGAAAGCAGGGUCUGUAAUUGAGUAAGUUGUUUGAUUGUUAGUGUCUUGGGAAGAGCUGUUGAGGCCUGAUGUGGAAUAAUGAAAUUUACAUAUUUUGGUUUGAAGUAGGCUCCAGGAUUAUCGCCUUCCACUUUCUCGACUCCAGAGCUCUCCUCUAUUGCGCAAUAGAGAAUAGCUCUGGGGUAGAGAAUGUAUCCCCCAAGCCAGUACCCACUGUAAAUUCCUCAAGCAUUCCCAAUGGUGACUUUUUUCUUAAGGGUGGGGAAGGAUGGGCUACAAUCGUCCUGGAGCGUCAGUUCUUCAAGAAGCCAGCCUGCCAGUGGCACAACAGGACACUUGUAGGAAUCAUAUGAGGUACUGGGGAACUGUGACAAGUAAAAUGGUAUGUGUCAGCCGAACUAUUGUAAUAAAUUGUUAUUGUUAUGUUAAAGGUGAAAUGAUUAUGCGGCAGACUAACGCCAGUUAUCGAGUAUUAGGAAGUUAAAGAAAUAUUAAGAAAGUUCCAUCGGUUUUUGUUUGUGUUUCAGAUAUGCGGCGGUUUUGGUGGCUCUAGUACAGUAAGUGGUUGUUUCGGUGAUUCAGGAGGACCUUUCGUUUGUGGAAAAAAUGGAAAAUAUGAGUUACAUGGUGUCGUUAGUUGGGGGACUCGAACGUGCAGCGCUGGUCGCAACCAAUACACUGUAUUUGCACGAGUUAGUGAAUUCGAAUCCUGGAUAAGGACGUACAUUGGAAAAGGACCAGCUACAGCUCCUCCCCAGACUCCUCCGCCCCCUCAGACACCACCUCCUCCUCAGACUCCUCCUCCUCCGCAAACUCCACCUCCUCCCCAGACUCCUCCGCCUCCGCAAACUCCACCUCUUCCCCAGACUCCUCCGCCUCCGCAAACUCCACCUCCUCCCCAGACUCCUCCGCCUCCGCAAACUUCACCUCCUUCUCAGACUCCUCCGCCUUCUGAAACACCCUCUCCUCCUCAAACUAUGCCCCCUCCUCAUACUCCAUCUGCACCAAAUACAUCGCCUCCUUCCCACACUUCGCCUUCAUCACACACGCCGACUCAACCCCAAGGCUGUGCUAUUUCCAGGGCUCUUGGCAUGGAAGACUUUUCUAUCAAGGACACUCAAAUAACGGCAUCAAAAUCCUGGAAUAGGUGAGUACCUUUGGGACAGACAGUUUUAAAAAAACUCAAGUGAAAUAGUGCAAAUGGGCUGUUUUAAUGGCUUGAUGUGAUAUCUCGUUUCAGGCGAUCAACUCUCGUAAGCGAAUGCAACCACUUUUUGGGGCGAGGGCCUCACGAUUUUCUAUACUGCAUUUUUUUAAUAAAAACCUGUUGUAAACGUAUUACCCAGGUACCUAUCUAUGUUCGCUUCAUAAUGCUACGGUCCUCAGAGCUGCAUAGGAGGCAGUGUCUCUUGGGCAGAGUAAGACUCAGUUUCAUAGAAUAGCAAUGUUUGUCAUGAUUUUUAGAUCUUUUUAAACUAAUGGUAGCCCUUUUUUCGUCAGAUUUCACGGCCCUGAUCAGGCGCGCCUCAACCUUCCUGUUAGCAAAACUGGAGUAGGAGCCUGGUGUGUUGGAAGACGGCCAUUGAGCAAUCAGUAUUUACAGGUUGACUUCUUAAAGAAAACUCUUAUCACAGGAGUCGCAACUCAAGGUAAUAACUGUCUUACCAGUUAACUGGCAGUGACACUGACCGAGAACCUCUUAAAAAUCCGGCAAAACCAUGUAUGGAAGUAAAUCCACGGUGACUUAGCAGUGGCGAAUCCAGGGGAAGGGCCUGGGGAGACCGCUCUUCCCGCCUUAUUUUUAGACCAAACUGAGGCCCGAAGUGCCUAAAAUUUUUUUUUGUCUUUUCAAUCUUUUGUAUUACGUCAUUUAGAGAUCGCACCCGUCAGCAACACCAAGAAACUUUACACUGCUCUCUAGUGGAUGCCGACGACAAAUAGUUUGCUUGUGUUAACAAUCGCUUCUUUUUUAAUAUUAUGAUCAGGACGAGUUAGCAAGUAUCCGAAGUUUGUCAAGAAAUACAUGUUAUCUUACAGCAAUGACGGAAAAACUUGGACAACGCAUCCUGAGGUAUCACGUAUUUUUCUGGUAGGUAUAUUCUGUAGACUCCCUCUUUAAUGGAAGCAAAGGAAAGAAGCACAACCACAGAAAAAAUUACGGGAACACCAGGAACGUGGACCAAAACUGAAGAAGAGCUGGCCUCUGCUUAAUUUCGUUGGAGAGUUUGAUUUCCAGUUGAUAAUAAAAAUAUAAUAUAAUAAUGAUGAUGAUAAUGACAAUGAUAGUGAUAAUAAUGAUAAUAAAUAAUGAUAAUGGUAGCAAUGAUAAUAAUGAUAAUAAACAUUUUUCUUCAAAAGAUGCUUGAUGGCAAUACAGACAUGUCAACAGUGAAGAGGAAUAAUCUGACUAAGGCAAUAGUAGCCAGAUAUGUACGCAUUCACCCAACUGCAUGGCAAACUGAUGUAUGUCUUAGAGCUGAGUUUUAUGGAUGUCAAGGUAGGACGAUACUUAGACACUUACAGCUCAGUGUCACUAGGAUAACAACCAAUAAGAUCACAUCUAAAGGCGAACAUUUGCGGCGAUCAGAAGAGAAAUUGAUUACAAGCCCCAUAAAGAACUUAUAAUUCGAUGAGCUUUACACGCGCCAGAUGGCACACUGAUGUUGCUGGUUGAACUAUCGCAAACCUUUACCAUACCUAGACAUUUCUGCCUGGUCAGGUUCUGUGACAUUAUUCACAAUAAAAUGGUUUGGCGCCUUNUUACGGGAACACCAGGAACGUGGACCAAAACUGAAGAAGAGCUGGCCUCUGCUUAAUUUCGUUGGAGAGUUUGAUUUCCAGUUGAUAAUAAAAAUAUAAUAUAAUAAUGAUGAUGAUAAUGACAAUGAUAGGGAUAAUAAUGAUAAUAAAUAAUUAUAAUGGUAGCAAUGAUGAUAACGAUAAUAAAUAUUUUUCUUCAAAAGAUGCUUGAUGGCAAUACAGACAUGUCAACAGUGAAGAGGAAUAAUCUGACUAAGCCAAUAGUAGCCAGAUAUGUACGUAUUCACCCAACUGCAUGGCAAACUGAUGUAUGUCUUAGAGCUGAGUUUUAUGGAUGUGAAGGUACGACGAUACUUAGACACUUACAGCUCAGCAUCACUAGGAUAGCUACCGAUAAGAUCUAAAGGCGAACCUUUGCGGCGAUCAGAAGAAAAAUUGAUUACAAGCCCCAUGAAAAACUUAUAGUUCGAAGACCUCCACAGGCGCCAGAUGACACGCUGGUGUUGCUUGGUGAGCUAACGCAAACCUUUACCAUACCAAGACAUUUCUGCCUGGUCAGGUUCUGUGACACUAUUCACAAUAAAAUGGUUUGGCGCUUUUAAGAUAUCCUAAACUCAUUUAGUGACCAAAUUAAUCAGUUUUCCUUAUAUUAUCACUUUGAUAAAAAGCGCAAAAACUAGUAAAGGCUUGUCAAAAAGAGUCGGUAGACGAAAGCCCUUCCUUUAAAUUUUGUUUGUAUAUUUUCAUCAUUUAGUGAAACCAACUAUGCCACCAAUAACAUCAGAAUCAACAACAACGAACGGAGUACCAUCAACAAGCACAAAGGCGCCCACGACAACCAAGCCUCUUACAGUCACAUCAGAGUCAACAACAACGAGAGGAGUACCACCAAGGAGCACUCGGGCACCCACGAUAACCAAGACCCCUCCGGUCACAUCAGAAUCAACAACAACGAACGGAGUACCAUCAACAAACACCAAGGCCCCCAUGACAACCAAGCCUUCUACGUUCAAGCCACCAGUGACGACAGUCAAGCCUCGGCCACCAAUCACCAUUCCAGAAAAACCCACAGGUAAAGAAACUCUCAUUGGGGGGACCUUUAGAUUUGAAUACGAGUGCGAGCUUUCAAACCCACUUAGUUCGUGUGCUUUAAAUAAUUAGUUUAUCGCAGCAACUCUAAAAUUUACGUCUCUUGGACAGCAACAGCAACAUGCAGACGUAGACAGCAACAUGCAACCUUAAGAGUUGGCGUUAUUACGGGAACACCAGGAACGUGGACCAAAACUGAAGAAGAGCUGGCCUCUGCUUAAUUUCGUUGGAGAGUUUGAUUUCCAGUUGAUAAUAAAAAUAUAAUAUAAUAAUGAUGAUGAUAAUGACAAUGAUAGUGAUAAUAAUGAUAAUAAAUAAUGAUAAUGGUAGCAAUGAUAAUAAUGAUAAUAAACAUUUUUCUUCAAAAGAUGCUUGAUGGCAAUACAGACAUGUCAACAGUGAAGAGGAAUAAUCUGACUAAGGCAAUAGUAGCCAGAUAUGUACGCAUUCACCCAACUGCAUGGCAAACUGAUGUAUGUCUUAGAGCUGAGUUUUAUGGAUGUCAAGGUAGGACGAUACUUAGACACUUACAGCUCAGUGUCACUAGGAUAACAACCAAUAAGAUCACAUCUAAAGGCGAACAUUUGCGGCGAUCAGAAGAGAAAUUGAUUACAAGCCCCAUAAAGAACUUAUAAUUCGAUGAGCUUUACACGCGCCAGAUGGCACACUGAUGUUGCUGGUUGAACUAUCGCAAACCUUUACCAUACCUAGACAUUUCUGCCUGGUCAGGUUCUGUGACAUUAUUCACAAUAAAAUGGUUUGGCGCCUUUAAAAUAUCCUUAACUCAUUUAGUGACCAAAUUAAUCAGUUGUCGUUAUACUAUCACUUUAAUAAAAAGCGCAAAGGCUAGUGAAGGCUUAUCAAGAAGAGUAGGUAGACGGAAGCCCUUCCUUUAAUUUUUGUUUGUAUAUUUUCAUCAUUUAGUGAAACCAACUAUGCCACCAAUAACAUCAGAAUCAACAACAACGAACGGAGUACCAUCAACAAGUACUCGGGGCCUCACGACAACGAAGCAUCCUCCGGUCACAUCAGAGUCCACAACAACGAAAGGAGUACCAUCAACAAGCACUCGGGCCCCCACGACAACCAAGCCUCUUACGGUCACAUCAGAGUCAACAACAAGGAGAGGAGUACCACCAAGGAGCACUCGGGAACCCACGAUAACCAAGACCCCUCCGGUCACAUCAGAGUCAACAACAACGAGAGGAGUACCAUCAACAAGCAACAAGGCCCCAAUGACAACCAAGCCUUCCACGGUCAAGCCACCAGUGACGACAGUCAAGCCUCGACCACCAAUCACCAUUCCACUAAAACCCACGGGUAAAGAAACUCUCAUUGGGGGGACCUUUAGAUUUGUAUACGAGUGCGAGCUUUCAAACCCACUGAGUUCGUUUGCUUUAAAUAAUUAAUUUAUCGCAGCAACUGUAAAAUUAACGUCUCUUGGACAGCAACAGCAACAGCAACAUGCAGACUUAGACAGCAACAUGCAACCUUAAGAGUUAGCGUUGUUCUGAGGUAAACAGCUCGAAACUCCAAAGGCCUACUUGUACUUGUUCUCGUACUCAGGUUGUCACAUCUGAAGGUCGUCAUUACUAUUUUUCAAAAAAAAAAAAAAUAAACCGCUAUUUUUUGGAAUUUUUCUUUACCUUCCAUUCCCGAUUAAAACAGGCAUGAAAUGCGAGGACCGGCAUCCAACGUGUCCAGAGUUCGCCAAGCAGGGACAGUGUUCUGCUAACCCAGGAUGGAUGGAAGAAAACUGCAAAAAGAGCUGUGGAUCCAAGCGUUGUGACAAAGAACCCGUUAGACCUCUGGGUGAGUUUUUGUACGUAUAUUUAGUUUACAAAAUACGAGGUAUGUCAAGUGUCAAAAUUGAAUUUGCAGGACGAACUCGAUUUUUAGGGGGAGAGAAAAUGAGAUUAACGAAACAAUUGAAUUACAUCCCAGGAGUCCAGUCCUAACGUUUGGGCACUGUAGACGAGGUGUGUCUACUCAAAUGUAACCUCACUGAUAGUAAUUUGACAUGGUGCCAUUUUUUGGUAAUUUUAACUUAUUCAUAAUGACGCUUCGCAGGGCCUCUGCGCUUGGUAGCUUUCCAGAACUGGGCUAUUUUUGACCAUGAAAGGUUGAAAGUUGCGUUAUUAUUCAAUAAGUCUUAAUAUUUGCAUGCUUUGUUACUUAUCGCCACCACCAGCUCCUUGCUCCACCCCACUUGGAAUUGGCUGGAAUUUCAACUUACCAGACAGUGCGUUUACUGCUUCCUCAUCACUUAACGUGGGUAAGUGAGCUUUGAGUUUCCCUGCUGAACAGGAACCUCUAACUACCCAUUUCUGGUCUUGGAGACCUUGGCUUUAGUUUGCCUAUACCCUUCUCUUCACCGUGGUUAAACGAGAGAAAUUUUCAAAACCUAUAAGCAAAGUUAUACAUCGUUGUCACUUUCACUGUUCAAAGUUUAAUAUAUAUUACCAAUAUGAUGCUUAUUUGUAAGAGUUUUUUAAGUGCACUGAAAAAUCUUCAAGUGUUUAACAACUAAGACUGGUGUUAUAUGUCUCGAUAUCAGCGACAUUUGUCAACAUAAUUUCACUCGGGUGCAAAGAGUCUUCAAACGAAAGGAAACUUAUUUUCUGAUAGGGGAUGGGGACUGGGGGACGGGAAAUGCAAAAGUGAUCUACUUAAUGAUCUAAUGAUCUACGCAAGGGCAAAUGAAAUCCCUUAACUAAAACCAUAAACGCCUCAGACGCGCGACCCCGUUCGAGUCCCUGUCUAGCUCAGGCACAGGCAGGUUGCCCCGCGCACUCACCAAUAAAUGAAUUUCCCUUGUUAUUUGAAACAACUUUUAGCAAUUAAUAAUUUAGAUUUUAUCAGUCACAAAUUUCUAAGGUGACUUGAGUCUCUUAAAAGUUGUUCACCAAACCAAUUCUUUUUUGUCUGCAUGUGUUAGUAAUUUGGCCGUAGCUUAGUCAAUAACCAUGAUAGAUAGUAAGACAAAAUGCCGGCGGUGUUUGAGUCGUCUGUUAUUUAAUUAGGGUAUGUUAAAAAAUGAGAAAAUAGUUGUCACAUUCUAAUGUUUAACCCCAAGCGAAAAAAGGCAUUUUGUCGCGUUUUUAACCGAUUUUUUUUUUCUUUUUUGCUAGUUUGUUUUCAGUAUUUGCACGAAAGUAAUCGAGAGUGUCAUAGAUGUGGAAAAACCUGGUUAUUUUUGUUUCUGUUACAUAGUUUGUUUUAAGUAUUUAGACGAAAAUACUCGAGACAAUCAAACGUGGACAAAACCUGGUUAUUGUUCCUUUUACGUCUUUGUUUAUUUUAGGUGCCGGAUGGGACUGCGGUGCUCGCAAUGCACGCAUGUACUUUACUGAUGAUUUCAAAAAUAAACGAGUGGGAGGCUGGUGCGCGGCUACUUCUGAAAAUCAGUGGCUCCAAGUGGACCUGGGAACUAACAGAUACAUAACCGCUGUUGGAACUCAAGGUGUUUGAGACAGAUGUUUAUUGUAUACUUUCCUAUAUGUUUAUAAUUUUACCUUUUGAAACUCAAGAUUCUUAAUAGAAGUUAUUUAUCGUAGGUGUUACUCUUUCUUCUUUUAAAAUAAAUAAAUUUGAUAGCCUGUUGCAGGCGCCGGUUCAGAUCUCUUUGUACCGGCCCCACAAUCUGAACGCCUGAAACAGGCUUAACACUGAGAGCAAUGGUCACAUUAGUUGCACUAUUCUACACCCGGUUUCUUGUUUUUCAACUUUUGAGAAAACGCUGAACGAGCUUAGGUGUCACCUUACUUGGGAUAAAUGGCUAUUUUAAUUACAAUACAGCAGCAUUUCACCGUACAGUUAGGCCUGAAAAUCUUUUUCAAAACUUAUAAUUUUUCAUGAUGACCAGAAACACUAAAAUAGAUUAAAAAUGUCGCUAGACCAAAGUUUUAAGGUAGUGUCGUCUGCGAAUACAGUCGUUUCUCCUCGGUCCUCACCGCUAGAAACGUUUCUUCUACGAAACGCGCCGUCCCUAGCGGCGAGGACCGAGGAGAGAAGGCUGUAUUCGCAGGCUAGAGUAGCCUAGGCCUGUCACAGGCUCUCAAAUAGCAAGGAUGAUCCGUAAGUGAGAGGCACGCGAAAAUAUGAGCGCGUCAUCUCGUGCUUUCUCAAUUUCGCGGGCCCGACUAUCUCGGAUAAAGCUAGAGGUAAUGAUGUCUUUUACUUUUUGCAAAGUUAGUAAUUAAAGGACAAGGUCACCCAAGAAGGGAAGUGAUUAUUUUUUAAUCAUCUAUAAAAACAUCUUCUAUUGUGUUUAGUUGGUAAAUGACCAUUCUCUAGGCCUUCAAUGUUCAUCCAAUCCUAACGAGAUACUUACCCAAAUAUUAGCUAAAAUUCAGUAUUUUGGCUCUCCAUUUUGGAUCAUGUGUGACGCCAUCCUGUCUAAAUUGAAAUUUGCGAGAAGCACAAGUAGCUGCAAAGUUUGGCAUUGUUGUAUUGAAUCUUUGUUCUUUUUGUCAAGCAAAGUAUGUCGGACAACGUUAAAGAAAAAAUAAAAUGGUUACGUGCCAAACUUUCGAGCAGUAUGUCAAUCAUGUCUAACUAAUUUAAUUUCCAGGUCGGCACAACUAUUACGAGCACGUGAAGUCGUUCAAGCUUGCCUUCAGUCAGGAUGGAAAUUCCUGGGACUUUGAUUACCAAACGGUGAGAUGUAGCCCUUCUUCUCCCCCCUCCCCUAACUUUUUGGACCCCUAAGCGCAAGAGAGGAGGGUUCUUAAAACUAUGAACGAAGGGUUUUCUUUUCGCUGUCACAGUGAUAUGGGCAUCCUUGCAUUUUGGGCAUCCCCAUUCCCAAAACCCUAGUGAUAUUGACAUCCCCUGUAACCCUAACCCUAACCCAAACCGCUGAGGUAAUAGAGAAGGGGAUGCCCAUAUCGCUAGGGUUUUGGAAAUGGGGACGCCCAUAUCACUAUAACAACGCUACUUCAGAAUCGAGAAGAAACUGGGUCGAGUUAACUUUCGCAAAGACGUUUUUUUUUUUUCCAAAAAAAAGAAAAACAAGAAAAAAAAAUUGCAUUGUCUUGGCCUCCAACAUGGUGUCCUUGUCACUUGGUUGCCACCAAGAAUUGGUUCAACAUUUUGCCAAGUGAUUUUCUUGUAGACUACGAGCAGUCUCUCUUUUUUCUGUAGUCCGUCGAGCAAAACGCGGGACACGCAAAUGGCCACGCGCGUGACUGAUGGCGCGAGACGGGAGAGGCUGCCCUCGUUUCGCGCGUCUCGCGGCUUCGCCGCUCCCGCGGGCGUGCAUUGCUCUCACUAAAUCUGAAGAAAAAGAGAGACUGCUCGCAGUCUAUUUUCAUGAGUCUCAUUUUCUCCACCCUUUUAGGUGUAUUACGGCAACUGUGAUCACUUUACACCAGUCAUAAACAUCUUGGACCGUAGCGUCACUGCAAGAUACGUGCGAUUUUACCCCGUUACCUACUACUAUGUAUGUAUGAGAGUGGAGGUGUAUGGAUGUGAUGCUUGA